GAUUUCUAAUUAAUGUGGCGACAUUCAAAUGGAAUUGCAAGGAGGAUCAUAUUUGCAACUCUCUCUGAUCAUAUAAGUAUCUGUUUAUAUUGACCAACCGUAUUUUUUGUGGUUUAUUUAUUAACUAGUUUAUUUAUGAAUCUGCAGCAAAAAUAAGUUGAUUUGCAGACUGAGUGCCGAAAGCCACAUCUAUAAACCGGAACAAUAUCAUCAUAGUGGAAGAGUGUAGUCUGGUAAUGAAUGGCCAACAUGAUUCAAGGCAGAUGGCUAAGCCUAGAUAACAUAAUGAGUUUUUGACACUUUUCUGAUGAAGCAGAUGAGAAAAUGCAUUUGAAUUUUGAAACUUUCUUGAUAAGUUUCUUCAUUGGUAAUUAACAGAUGCAAUAUAACUUCCUAAUUAGGGAUCACAGCAUAGAGGAUAUAGAAAACUAGCUUGAAAAGCGGUGUAAGAGAUGACUAUAAAUAUACAAUUUUCAGACGGUAAUACAGUCUCUCGUUAGUUGGACACAGAGAUCUCAAAUUCUGAUUGUCAGCUAUUAUCCUUUAUGUCUAUAAAACAAUAGGAGCCAGGAAGCAGAUGUACCAGCCUCAGUGUCUGAUUUUCCAAGCUGCUUUUCCUUUAAGUAAAGUCCCAUAUUAUGUUAUUCAAUGAAAUCAUUGGCACAUACGCUGGCUAUAAGAAAAAGAGGGUUGGGACACGAUAACAGAGGGAUGAAUUGCAAAUCAAGGAGGCUCUAUUUUCGCUGUAUGUAUCUGACUGAUCCUAUCUGUUAUACAAAUGUUCAAAACCAGGUAAUGAAGAAAAUGCCAUUGAAGUGAGUAUUUUUAAUGAGAAUGAAUUAAUGGAAAUGAUGACAGAAAGGUUGUUGUCUAGAAACACCGAACAUAUUAAAACUUAAUGAAGCUUCCUGCUCCAAACUUUUUAUAUUACUAUUGCAAUUUCAAUUAAAAUCCAUGAUCAUACUUUGUGAUUUUCAGAGUCGUUUUCAGAUUUUAAAUUUAUUUUCACUGCUCUUAACUUUGCUUUGUAUCUAUUUAAAUUUUUGUACCGAAGUGCCUUUGUACAAAAGUAAGAAGAAAGUAGCUCCUUUCCCAGAUCACUGUAUAGCUGCAAACCCCCAAAACAUUGCCCUGAAAAGUCUUGACUUCUAGUUAGUCUACUUUCCUACAGUAACACUGUUGUACUGAAAUGUGCAGCUUUUAAUCUGAGAGGUUGAGUAUUAAACAUUUGGUUUAUUCUGAAUUUUCUGUAGUGUGAAUCAGACUACCACACUACAUAAUGUUGAUCAUUUUUAAAAAUACUGAUUGAUCCAAAUAUUGCUUUAAUUGAAAAUUGGGCUGAAGUCUACCUUUAAAAAGAACCACAGUGGCUGGAGUGCACCAUUGCUGUUUAUUAAUGAUGUGCAGCUUAAACAUUUUCUUGUAUUAAUGCUGCCUGUUGUUCAGCAGAUGUUAGCACUGCUGGCUCUAAUUAUAAAAUACUUCACCAGCCUCUGCCAAACCACUCCUUUCUUGCUUGUUCCUGACAGCAUUUAUGCAAAUCGAUGGAGACUGAUUGGCAGGAGAGUCCACCACUCCCACUUUUAGUUUAACAACUAUUUUAGCAGUGUACUUUGAAGAAUUGAAUUGGUAUGGACCUUGCUGAGAUACAGAGGGAUUGAGUUGUGCUGGUGGCUGUCUGUAGACUUAGAACAUGGAGUGCAAAUUUCUAAUCAGAGAAAGGGACUGCAGAAGUAAGUUUGCUUCUGCACAGUUUACUGCAAUGUGCUGCUGUGUUCUUAUCAUCUUUCUUUUACCAGUGAGUGAAGCCUGGAAACAAAGUAAACCACGCCUGACAUUCUCAUAUCAAGAUUUGCUGAUGAACAGCAGUUGUAACCCAUUCCAAGGUUCAGCAGAGAGUUCCAGUUUCCAGUCAAUACUAGUAGACGAAGAAAGAGGAAAACUUUUUGUUGGAGCAAAAGAUCUGAUUUUUGUUUUAAAUCUGGAAAAUUUGAACAAGGAACCUAAGAAGAUUUAUUGGCCUGCAGCUAACGAGAGAGUGGAUUUGUGCAAACAGACUGGGAAAAAAGCAACAGAAUGUGCAAAUUUCAUCCGUCUGCUUCACCAUUUCAAUAAGACACAUGUCUAUACAUGUGGUACAGGAGCUUUCCACCCUGUAUGUGGAUAUAUUGACCUGGGACCCCCUACAGAGGACCUUUCAUUGAAGCUUGACCUUCGAAGUCUGGAGCCUGGAACACUGAAAUGUCCUUAUGACCCCAUUCAACCCUUUGCAUCAGCUCUCGUAGAUGAAUAUCUCUAUGCUGGGACAUCUUCUGACUUUCUUGGAAGAGACACUGCUCUAUUUCGCUCCCCAAUCCAUCAUCUAGAAAAUCAAUAUAUCCGCACAGAACACAACAAUCCCCUUUGGCUAAGUGACCCCAAGUUUAUUGGAAUGUACCCCAUCUCUGACACCUCCAAUGAAGAUGAUGAUAAAAUAUAUAUAUUUUUAAGAGAAACGGCAUUGGAUGCUACAAGCACUGAGAAGGCCAUUUACUCGAGAGUAGCAAGAGUUUGUAAGAAAGAUGUUGGAGGUCAGCGGAGUUUGAUCAACAAGUGGACCACAUUUCUGAAAGCUCGUCUGAUUUGCUCAGUCCCAGGGCCUGAAGGUUAUCAGACAUAUUUUGAUGAGCUGCAGGAUGUUUUUCUGUACAACUCAAAUGAUGACAAAUUGCCAGUGAUUUAUGGAGUCUUCACGUCCUCCAGUUCUGUUUUCAGUGGCUCAGCAGUUUGUGCAUACAGCAUGGCUGAAAUUCGUUCUGUAUUUAAUGGACCUUUCACACACAAAGAGAGCCCAGACCGCCACUGGGUAGAAUAUCAGGGGAAGAUUCCUUAUCCAAGACCUGGCACAUGUCCCAAUAAAGCAUUUGACUCCACAAUUCAGACAACCAAGGAUUUCUCAGACGAUGUCGUCAGUUUCAUUAAGAAUCAUCCAAUGAUGUACAAGGCUGUGUAUCCAAUAAACAAGAGGCCUAUUUUCAUUCAAGUGAAUGUUGGUUACAGAAUUACACAGAUUGUUGUCGAUCGUGUUACUGCCAAGGAUGGCCAAUAUGCAGUCCUGUUUUUGGGUACAAAUGUUGGAACAGUCAUAAAAGCAUUGAGUGUCACAAAGGAUAAUUUGAAUGCUGAAGAAGUUUUACUGGAGGAAUUGCAAGUAUUUGAGGCAUCAACUCCAGUAUUAACAAUGGAAAUAUCUUCAAAACAGAAACAGAUUUAUGUUGGAUCAAAGGAUAGCGUGGUGCAGCUUGCUCUGCAGAGGUGUGGGGCAUAUGGUACAGCUUGCUCAGAAUGCUGCCUUGCUAGAGAUCCCUACUGUGCAUGGGAUGGGAAUUCAUGUUGCAGAUACGUGCCUGCACCAAAAAGACAGAUCAGACGCCAAGAUAUAAAGUAUGGAGACCCAAUAAUUCAGUGUUGGGAUCAGGACGACUAUGCAAAGCAUGUGCUAACCGAAAAGAAGUUAAUUUUUGGAGUGCAAUACAAUUCAACAUUCCUGGAAUGCAGUCCAAGGUCACAGCAAACAUCAGUCAUUUGGUCUGUUCAGCGAUCACUCAAUGGCCAACAGGAGGAGGUAAAAUAUGGUUCCAGAAUAAUCAAAACCAGGCUUGGUCUACUGAUACGUCACUUGCAGGAAGAUGACGCUGGAAUUUAUUAUUGCAGAGCUGUGGAAAAUACAUUCACACAUAUCAUUACAAAAUUCCAUCUUAAAAUUAUACUGAGUGACUUCAAGCCAACACCAAUGAAAGCAGGGUACAACGAAGGAAAGAGUAGAGAUAGUCGGAACAGGACCAGACUCCGUUAUAAGGAUUUUCUGCAGCUCCUGAACAAACCGGGCAUUACUGUGAAUGAGUACUGCCAGCAAAUCUGGCGUAACGGAAAGAGAGGUCAAAAUAGUAAAACUUCAGCAAAAUGGAAAAUUGCACCAGAGUUUAAACGGUAUUAGACUUUGGGCAAUAUACAAUACAUUGUGGUGCUCCUUUGAGGAAAUAUAGUUACAAAAUUUAUUCACUGGACUUUUGUAUCAGAGUAUUGGCUGAAUAAAUCUAACUGUCACUGGUGCGAAGACUGAAUAGAUAAAAUGGAAUCUGGUCGUAAAAACUUAAAAAAAGUAAUGUGAAGAAUGAGUGUAUCUGGAUGUAUUCUAAUCAUUAGAAGUACGAAUUUCUUAAAGGCACAGUUUGCUUUAAAAGCAAAUAUUAUUAUGUAGGCAUUUUUUUCAUUAGAUUGGGACAAAAAUAUUAACGGGUUCUUAUAGCUUUCAAAAGCUCAGUAAAUUAAUCUUUUUGUGGCAGUGUGGAUUGAAUUUCUGCCCGAAACGCCCAAUCACAGAGUUAUCAACAAUUUGAUAAGUUAACCAAGUGUGCUGAUUCACAUUUCCUCAUUAUGAUUUGCAUCAAAAGGAUUGUGAAGGAACAUCCUCUGCAGUUUACGUCAUUAGCAGUUGUCCAAAAACAACUUGCAGCCUUUAGAGUGGAUCUGGUUCUUUCGGGUCUGUUUCUAUACUAUAUGAUUCUAUAAUAAGUUGUCAAGCACUCAAGACACUCUUUGAGAAGGAGUACUGUGAGCAAUAGCUUCUCACCUGGCCAUCUCAAUAGCUCCUCAUUUCAGUGAUCAAUGGCUUCUCAGUCCCCUGUAAUUUUCACCAAAGUGGCACUCCCUGCUGUGCGUUUGGUUUGGUGAAUGUGAUGAGUUGUUAACUGCUCAGGAAAUAGGUCAAUUGGCUUUUAAAGCAGAAUCCUUGGUUAAAACACAAAUUACUGAGGUAUUUGAAUAUUUAAGUGAGUUACCUAACCAUUGUGCAUGGAAAUUCUCUGCCAUUUGCAGCCCGGUCCAGGUGAAACCUAGAAUUGGGAGGGGAACCUGGCCUAAUGUCACUUUCAGAAGUCACAUCCAGACCACCUCACCUUGUCUAGAAAAGUUCAACUAUAAAAAUUAGAUAGAGAUCACACACAGAAAGCAAAAGCAAAUAUUUGGAUAGGUGACUAGAAAGAGAUAAAAGAAGCACGGGAAGUACAUCAUCAAUACUAAUUACUAUCUGCAGGAAUGAGAUUCCAAGUUA